CGGCCCCACUCUUCGCCCCGGCCGGGAAGAUGGCAGACGAGGCUCCGGUCUGCAGCUUCGUGUUCCGGCGGCGCGGGCCGGCAGCCGGCAGGGGCCGGCGCAAGCGGCCGGGCAGCGACCAGGAGGCGGGGAGCAGCAGCGAUGAGGGCAGCGCAGUGGUGCGCAAGGAGCGGCGCCGGGAUGCCCCCAACCCCAUGGUCCAGAAGACCCAGAGAAGCGUAAAGGAGAAGACCUCAUAUGGGUCGAACAGCAGCAGCGAUGAGGAGGCAUCGCAAGGUGUCGGAGUCGCUUACAAAUCAACACGAUCAGCGAAACCGGUCGGCCCAGAAGACAUGGGUGCCACAGCAGUAUAUGAACUAGACACUGAAAAGGAGAAAGAUGCCCAGGCCAUCUUUGAGCGCAGCCAGAAAAUCCAGGAGGAGCUACGAGGGAAGGAGGACGAUAAAAUUUACCGAGGGAUUAAUAACUAUCAGAAGUAUGUGAAGCCCAAGGACACGUCUAUGGGAAAUGCCUCCUCAGGGAUGGUCAGGAAAGGGCCGAUCCGUGCACCAGAGCACCUGAGGGCCACAGUGAGAUGGGACUACCAGCCUGACAUCUGUAAAGACUACAAGGAGACUGGCUUCUGUGGCUUUGGAGAUAGCUGCAAAUUCCUGCAUGACCGCUCAGACUACAAACAUGGCUGGCAGAUCGAACGGGAGCUAGACGAAGGGCGCUAUGGAGUCAACGAUGAAGAGAACUACGAGGUGAGCAGUGAUGAUGAUGACAUGCCCUUCAAAUGUUUCAUCUGCAGAGGCUCCUUCAAGAACCCUGUGAUAACCAAGUGCAGGCACUACUUCUGUGAGGGCUGCGCCCUGCAGCACUACCAGAAAUCCAAACGCUGCUAUGUGUGUGACAAGCAAACCAAUGGCGUCUUUAAUCCAGCUAAAGAACUGUUCUCCAUCAAGUCAAGACUGAGAAAAAGGAAGAAAAUGACUGACCAAAGGUCUCUGAACAUACCUGCUGUAAAACUUCAGGGCUGAGCCAGGGAAGGACCUUGAUGCUGUACUUGGGGAAAUCAUGAACAACUUUGAGUCGUUGCCCAUGGUUGAUCAUACUCAGGUUACUUCGCAAGCCAGAGAGAUAUACCUUUCCAUCCACAGAGAUGAGGAUAUGGCUGGCUUUCACACUCCUUAAAGCAAGAAAGUCAGAGAUCACUUACCCUAGAAGGAAUUUCAAGUCCUCAUGGCAUCCCUCUAUGUGCAUUCUAUAUAGGAGCUAAGGAGGGAGUAAUCUGAAGCCUAGAUUUUUUUUUUUAUUGCUGGUCCAUUUAUCAAAUACCCAACAGUUGGGAGCCUUUUACAAUCCGCUUUAGAAACUUACUCCCACUAUACACAAUAGUUUGGGAGGAACUGGGGGGGGGGCAACAAACAGAUUAAGUGGCUGCAGGCACUGGUUUUGGAUGAGAGAUCAGAACAGCCCAAUAAUAUCAUGCGCUUAUGCAUAAAAAUGGCUUCAACUCCUUUAAAGAAAAAAACAACCAAAAACAGGCAUGUUUUCACCAUUAUUUUAAUAAAGCUAGAAGUGAAAGCAAGUCUGUGGAACAACUGAAGCUCUAAAUUACUGGGUGUUUUAUUGAUUGAAGGUACAGAAGAUAACAGCCCCAACAACAUCCAGGAACAAUAUAGUGAGCAGCAAUGAAAGAAGGGAAGAAUUUGACCCUUAACAGCCACCUAUGAAUAUUGUGUAAUAUUACAAUAAAGCCAGUAGACACAUGGACCCGAUUCCCUAUGCCUCCAUAUGCAGAGACCUCAAUAUACCAGCAGCAGGUGGCUACACUGUCACCUGCCCCCUGUCAUUUCCAUAGGAAGAAACAGAUUUAAAUGUAUACUUCAGAUUCUGGAGAAAUUCCUACAUUCCCUAACUAUACUCUCUUCCUGUCACAGUCCUCUCAUAGCCCCUAACAACUUCCUUGAGAAAGGAUUACAGCUGUUUUCCGCUGUCACAACCUCCCUUUUCUCAUCUUUACACCUCAGAGGCCCUGGCAAAGACCUAAAUCUGGACCUACAUUACUAAUGCACUUUACCCCAGGUUCAACCUUUGGUUUACUUUUUCAAAAGUAAUAGUUUUACGAUAAAGAAAAGUGCAGGCCUAAAGGUGCUGGACACUGUAACUAUCAGGGCAAACUCCUCAUUUUCCCUCAAUCCCAACUGCCUCUGCAGCUGUCAGCAUAGUUUUCUUAACUGUAAGAUUGACCAGGAUGCCUUUUACCAUGAAUUCCUUUGGUGGUUUCUUUGCAAGCUGGACACUUGUCUCCAAGAAAACGAACUGAGAUAGACAACUCAUUUCACAGUCUAUCAAACAGCUAUCAGAUUAUAGCAAUGCUCAAUCACUACCACCCUAGGCUGAACCUGGCAGCUUAAAUGAGAAAGGCAUCAUAAUCUAUUAACAGUCCCAUGAGCUACCCAGUUCCCUCUGAAUGAAUGUAGUUUGCAAGACUUUGCAGCAGAUUCUGCACAGAGUAGGAGAGGCGAUUCCCUUUUUACCUGUGUACAUAACCCAUAUGGUGAAUAUAGUCAAGGGCUUUCAGAACUCCUUGGAGGAUAUAAGCAAUAGCCAGUUCACACAUCCCAUCUGUAAAAUGGGUACAGAUUAAAUCCUUUGCAGAACCUAGAAAGAAACCAAGAAAUGUUUUUUGAUGGAGCAGAAAGAACUGAUGAUGUCACCUCCUAAAAUAAAGGUAUUUUCCCAAAACCACUAGCUGACCCUGUCAAAUAAUACAAAUGUUCCCUUUCCACUUACCAUAGGCCAUGAAGGGUGUCACUACCCAUAGCUCAUUAUCAGCUAUGAAGGUUGCUUUGUAUGGCACAAUGUUGGGGUGGUUGAAGAGCUUGGACACAUGAAGUUCACCCUAAAAGCAAAAAAGAUACUUAGAAUAAGAGCACAGCCAAAUAACUAACUGUAGAGAUCCAGAGUACAGAGCAUCUGCGUUCUGGACAUUUAAAAUAGACUGUGUUGGCCAAACCAUGGUGCCAACGCAAAAGUCUCUGGCCCUUUAAUUGUAGAUGAUGGCAGGGGGGCUACAUUUACAUUUCAAAGUGAGACUGGUGAAAAGAAGCAACCAUCAGACAAAGAUCCCAAGGCAUGGAAUAAAAUACCAGAUGAAAAAAGUAUGCCACUGUCAGGACACCAAAGGUGGAGAAGAGGGUGCAGAUUGCCUAUAAAAACCCAGGCAAAAAUAAGGUCUGUGGGACUGCCCCCAACAGCUAAACCUACUGUGACGCCCCCCACCCCGCAAAAAAACUUCUGAAUGCCUAGCUGCAGACUGUCCCUGGGACUAUGGAAGACUUAUGCAGUUUCUGCUGUGUCUUAAAUUAGGCUAAGUUGUAUGUUCUAAAUUGUGUGUUGUUGCUGUGUCUUAGCUUAGGUGAAGUUUUUCUGUUGUUCUUUAGUCAUAUGCGUGAAAUUGCACAUCGCUGUCCUCAACUAACACUCUCUUCACAGAACAGACUAUUUUUGUCCAAGCAUUUGAAAACUUUGGUGUCAUCACCUAAAGUCUAAUAUUAAGUCUAGUAGCGAGUGAGAUUUUAAAAUUCUUUCAUCAGAUGAUUAUCCUGAACCUUCUCAAAAGAAAUCCUUAUUUUCAGAGAGGAGAGGUUUGACAGCUGGAAUAAUUUCUCACUAGAGUUGGACUGUCCUGGUUUGAUAUCUGCAAAUGGGUAUUACUCACUUAGCCCUCGACUCAAGAGUGCCCAUUGACAAUCCCAGCUUCCCAACUCAAGGAACAAAGAGAUGUUUUUGAUACAUUAAAAAAAAAAAGCAGUAUUCUCCUUUCUGUCAAGAUCCAUUCUCUAUUUACUGGAGAAGGAUAAACAAGUUAUGGCAUGAGAUCUCCUGAAUUUGAAGACUUAUCCACUAACUCUCCGCUUUGAAACUAAACUCAUAGGACGUGCUUCUAGCAGUUCAGCAUGGGAAGUUCAUUCCUGCAAGCGAGAGAUAAUUCCUCCAAAAGCAAACAGAUUCGAUAAAAAGUCUCUAUUUCAGCCAGGACAAUCCCCCUAAAAUAAUAAUCUGUUUCUAUAGUAUCUUGUAUCUUAGAUCUCAGACUGUUUCAAUAUAAAUGAAAGAUGCUACACAAGGAUACCUGCAAGAAUGUCACCAUCUCAUUAGUGCAGGCCUCCAGGUUAAUCCUUCUGACUGUCACAUAGUCUUCUGUUGGUUUAUACCUGGCUAGAUUUACAAUCAUCAGAUCCUCAAAGCCUUGGCCUGGAAGAGAAAGAGAAAGAUUAAUUCCAUGAGCACCAAAAUAACAUACUGUUGCUUGAACCUCACUGCUGGAGAGUUUCCAUUAAUACUUCUUCUUCUGUAGAGAUCCAGAGUACAGAGCAUCUAUAAUGCUCACACCCUCUCUAACCUGAACAAUUAUUUGCAAAUUUGUGGAAUAAUAAGUUGUUACAAUAAAACGUAAGCUUUCAUUUAAAGUACACCACCUAUAAGUAUGUGUUCCCAACUCUUCUGAGAAGUGGGGCAUUACCUUCCCGUUUUGCAGAUUAAAAAACAACUGAGGCACAGAGAGGUAGUGAAGUGACUUGCAGAGAGCCACCCAUAAAGCAAAUGGUUGGGCUAGAAAAAAAGACUCAAGAGUCCCGUGUAGCACCCUUUCAUUUUAACUUCAGGACCAUACAUCCUUCUCACAUCCUGUUCAUCCUUUAGAUUCAACUGUAAGGCUUUCAAAACAGGAAGUGAUUUUACAAUUAAUAAUACAACCAAAAAAGAAAAAAUCAUUUCAGAAAACAAGAAGUCAUAAAAGGAACAUCCAGCUUCCUUUGAGGAAGGUUCCUUGAAAAAUGAGAAUUCUUUCCUUAGGAACAUUACCUAUAAUGGUGAGCAACUCAUAACAGUUGCUAUCUGGUGAAAAGCUGCUCAUGGCGUCCCUUUUGGGGGAAGAUGCUAUCGACUCUGAGCUCGCUUCAUUGGU